CAGCUAUAAUUUGAAGAACUACCAGCUUGUGCUGGCACUGGUUUUUGCCAUUGAGGAGAUCAACAGGAACCAUAUUUUACCCAACAUGUCUCUGGGAUUUGAUCUCUAUAAUAUUUCACAUUUUGAAAGGAAUGUUUUGGAGACUUCCUUCUUUUGGCUGUUGGGGCUGGAAAAGAUGAUUCCUAAUUACACCUGUAGAAGAGAAAGCAAGUCUGUAGCAGUACUGAUGGGAGCAUCAUGGAAGACAUCUUACCAGAUUGGGCCAUUCCUGGAACUCUACAAAUUUCCACAGCUCAACUUUGGACCUUUUGAUCAUAAACUGAGUGAUCCUGUCCAGUUUCCUUCUCUCUAUCAGAUGGCCCCCAAGGACACAUCUCUGGCCCUUGGUAUGGUCUCCUUGCUGCUUCAUUUCCACUGGACCUGGGUGGGGCUGCUCAUCUCAGAAUAUCACAAAGGUAUUCAGAUUCUCUCAGACUUGAGAGGGGAGAUGGAGCAAAAUGGAGUCUGUGCAGCCUUUGUGGAAAUGAUCCCAGAGAACCAUGUGUUCAAUCAUCACUUGGUCACUGAAUCAUCAGCAAAUGUGAUUAUUAUUUAUGGUGAUACUAAGUUUUUAGAAGACUUGAUGUUUGAUGUAGGGCAAACUCUAAUGACUUGGAAAGUCUGGGUCACAAACUCACAAUGGCAAGAUGUCAGCAAGGGGAAAAAUUUCAUGUUAGAUUCAUCCCAUGGGACUCUCAUGUUUUCACACCACCAUGGGGAGAUUCCUGGGUUCACAAAUUUCAUCAGCAGUAACCCUUCCAAAUACCCAGAAGACGUUUACCUGGCUCGGCUGUGGUAUUACAGUUUUCAUUGUUCCUUUUCUCAACUGAACUGUAACAUCUUGGAGAACUGCCCACUAAAUGCCUCCUUGGAAUGGUUGCCUGAAAGCACUUUUGACAUGGCCAUGAGUGAACAGAGUUACAACAUAUACAAUGCUGUGUAUGCCGUGGCCCACACACUUCAUGAGGUGCUUCUUCACCAAGCAGACACACCAAAAAUGGGAAAUGGGGAUGGGCUUCUGGUUUCCCCUUGGCAGCUUCACCCAUUUCUCAAGAAAAUAAAUUUUGAAAAUCCUGCUGGAGAACAAGUGAAUUUGGAUGAGAAAAUGAAAUUGGAAGGAGAAUAUGAUAUUCAAAACUUUUGGAAUCUUCCAGAAGGUCUUGGACAAAAGGUGAAAGUAGGAAAGUUUUCCCCACAUGCUCCACGUGGCCAACAACUGUCUUUACAUGAGGACCUGAUACAGUGGAGCAUAGGAUUUACACAGACCCCUCAUUCUGUCUGCACUGAGAGAUGUGGUCCUGGAUUUAGGAAAUCCCCGCAGGAGGGAAAGCCUGCCUGUUGUUUCAGUUGCACUCCUUGCCCGGAGAACGAGAUUUCUAAUGAAACAGAUAUGGACCAGUGUAUGAAGUGUCCAGAUCUCCAAUAUGCCAACACAGAGAAAAGCCACUGCAUCCAAAGAGCCGUGACCUUCCUGGCUUAUGAAGACCCCUUGGGCAUGGCUCUGGCUUCUGUUUCAAUUCCUUCAUUUACAUUAGUCAUAUAUAAAAUGUCCUAA